CACAGUGUUAACCCUUUCACAGUGUGUUUUUAGUUCAUGAAAGUAACAUUUUGACUCCUAAAAAUGUUCAGCGUUGAGUUGUAAAGAGCUCCUUCCUCUCGGGUCCAAUCGGACAAAUUGCCGAAACUCCCAGUUAAAAGUUUUUUUGAGGAGUUUUAUGUUUAUCAGAAUCGGACAGAGUUCGUCUGCUGGUGUUCAGAUUGUGAGGCCCCUUGAGGUGAAUUUGUUACAGGCUACUUUAACAUGAACAUGUCUUGAUUAACAGGUUUAUUUUCUAACUAUAAGAUGUCCCACUAAAAAAUAAAUGUAUAACAUCAUCAAAUCAUCCAGAAGACUUUCUUGUUUCUAUGUUGGAAAUCCUUAAAAGAGAGUUAAAACAUCUCUACUGUUUUUCUCCAGGACGUUCUCCACAGCUGGACAUUGGUGUGAACCAGCAGAGAGCGAGGACAUCUGGCUGAGAGCCUGAAGCCACAGUCGAGUCAAUGGGACAGACAUGAAGAACCUGGACCAGCAUGGGCGAAGUCACCAGGAGAGUCUGGUGUGUGCAGUCCUGUCCAGUCUGGUGUUGGCUCUACUGGGACUGCUGGGCUCGGUCCACGGCUGUCCCGGUGUCUGCACCUGCUACGGCAACACUACUGACUGCUCCGCCGUCGGCCUCCCGUCUCUGACGCCCAUCCUGGCCCUGCUGGACCAGGACUCUCUGAUCCUCCGCCUGGCCCAGAACAACCUCUCCUCCCUGAGCACCAAUGAGCUGUCCAACCUCAGCAGCCUGGAGCUCCUGGAUCUGUCCCAGAACCACUUCUCCGCCCUGCAGCCCAGAGCUUUCUCCAGCCUGGGCGGCCUGCGCUGGCUCAAUCUCUCCGCUAACUACCUCGGCGUGCGCCCGGUGACCUCCGACCCCAUCAACAGCACAGCGGCGCUCCAGAGCGCAAAUGGGAUUCAAGGGACCGUCGGCCUGAGCAAGGACGUUUUCAGGGGUCUGUGGCGGCUACGAGGCCUCGACUUGUCCUCAAACGGCCUCCUGUGGCUGCCCAAAGGCCUGCUGGAUGGGCUUCAGAGACUCGCCUGGUUGUCCGUGGCCAGCAACCGGCUGGCGGCCCUGGACAGAGUCACCUUCGAGCCCCUGGUGGGGCUCCAGGAGCUCCAGCUGGCAGGAAACCCCUGGGAGUGCGACUGCAAGCUGAGAGACUUCAAGCACUGGAUGGAGUGGUUGAUUUACAGGGAUGGGCAGGUGGACGCGAUGCGGUGCAGUCUCCCGGGGGAUCUGAAGGGCAGAGACAUCCGCAGCGUGCCGGCGGAGAUGUUCAACUACUGCCUGCAGAGUCCGACCAAAGAGGGCGCGGCGGGUUACGCCACCCGGCAUCCGUGCCCGCCGGGCCGCAUCAGCAGCAACGACGACUGCGUCCGCCAGCGCUACCGGCCCGCCAGUGUGCGCCGAGCGCACGGCACGCAAAUAGUCGCCGGCGUGAUUUGCGGCACCGUGUGCGUCAUGAUGGUGGUGGCGGCGACCUACGGCUGCGUGUACGCCUCGCUGAUGGCGCGCUACCAGAGGGAGAUGAAGACGCGUGGUCAGCCUCUGAUGGCCGAGUCCGGAGCCGACACGGACCUGGAGGACGGGCAGAUGUCGUCGCCGACGUCGCCGGAGGAGUCGCCGCCCAAAGAGGGCGUUGUGCACGGGUAUCGGAUCAGCAGCUUCUGAUCUUUCCUGAUCCUCAGCUCUCGUCAUCGGAUGGGACGAUGUCUGGAGAAAGAAACCCUGCGGCUCUGUGGUCGAGCUGAAAACCUCUCUGGGCCGAUGGACCGGACUAAAUCUAAAAAAAGGAACUGGAAUGCUGCAGCACUUCUUCUAAUGUAUGGAUGCUCUGUGCAUUCCUAUUCCCCGCGCUGCAUCCCUCAGCCAGUUCGGCUACCUUGACUUCCCAUCGUCUGUGUUUGUCGUUUCUUCCUUUAGGAAUGUGAAAGUACCUUUUUUUGUUCGAGAUGUCCGUCGUCGUAUCCGAGCCCAACAAGCUCAAAUGUGAAUCUGUGAAAGGUGACAUUUUCUCCCGUUGUUUGCUGCACACUUCCUCUUUUCCUCUCGAUCAGUUGUGUGUAUCUUAUGUUAUCUCUGUAACACGUUGAGAAAUAGUUCUGUAGCCCUGUUCAAGUCCCUCUAAACACCAUGUUAAAGCCUGUUAGAGUCCUGCUGCUGGCAGGGAAAUGCUGCUUUUUUCAGCUUCAUCACUGAGGUGAACUGCAUCCAAACAACAAUUAGAGCUGUACCGCCCCCUAGAGGACGAGCUUUGAGCUGCAGCGACUUCUGAUUCCAGCACAAACAAACAGUUUAUUCCCAACAUAGAGUGUGUGUGAGGCUGUCAGCCCGUAUAUACUGUACCUUCUGUAUUUUUAUUUAUUUUGUCCGUAUUCUCUGUGAUAAGCACAUGAACUAUUGUCUCAAAUUCAACUCAAGGACU